CGACUAGAGCUGCAAAGUGGGUAUAAUUUGUAAGGGCCUGCUAGCAAUAAAGGCAAUGCAUUGUCUCUGCAUCUUCCCUCUCCCUUGCUUCGCCUCCUUAACAGCACCCAGCUUAGCCUCUAUAACACCACUCACCAAAAUCAAUCACCGGAACCUGCAAAUCAAAGCCAUGAGAGCGGUAGUCCAGAGGGUCGUCUCUGCCAGCGUCGAGGUGGAUGGGCGAAUCGUGUCGGAAAUCGGACCCGGUCUACUCGUGCUCGUUGGAAUCCACGAAUCCGACACCGAAGCCGAUGCCGAUUACAUUUGCCGUAAGGUUUUGAACAUGAGAUUGUUUCCUAAUGAAAGUAAUGGCAGAGGAUGGGACCAGAAUGUUAUGCAGCUUAAUUAUGGAGUUCUUCUUGUGAGUCAAUUUACAUUGUAUGGAAUCUUGAAGGGUAACAAGCCAGACUUCCAUGUGGCAAUGCCACCCCAGAAAGCAAAGCCGUUCUAUGAAUCCUUAGUUGAUAAAUUCAGAAAAGCUUACAAACCAGAUGUGAUAAAAGAUGGAGUUUUUGGAGCAAUGAUGAAGGUUAAUUUGGUUAAUGAUGGGCCAGUGACAAUGCAACUCGAAAGUCCUUCACAACCAUCAAAGAAUACAAAUGAGGAGGUAGAAGAAUCUUAACUGGCUGAUUACUGGGGAUUGGCAGACAAACACUGACAAACCAAUGUUCCUAGCAUGAACAAGAACCACAUUUUUAUAUAGCUUUGUGGGAUGUAAGAUCAUAAUUUAUUACAUGUUAACUUUUGACGUGUUAUCAUUCUUUUUAUGGUGUAUUACAUGUAAACAAGACUAUUCUCUUUCUCUCUCUCUCUCGUUCUUCUUUUUUAAAGAGGAGGCAAAUGGGUAAACUUGAUUAUUCUUGUGAAAUAAAAUUAUAUCAAACGA